AACAUGGAGGUUGUUUAAUGGGAUCCUGUGCAGUGUGGCACUCACAAUAUCUCCAUCCCAAGUGAAAAUAUCUGGGUGCCGGAUAUCCUGAUCAAGUGUUGCAUUCACCCAUGAAAGAAGAGCUAGAAAAUGUUACACUGCUGGCAGUACUGUGACCAGGUCCUGACCUAUCAGUUCUGAGUACUCCCAGAUAAAGGGCUGAUGCCCGAUACCAUGAGAUAAUUGCCCAGAGAUAUCGAUGAAGAACAGUGAAAUAUCGAGGGAGAACUAAAUCAGAAAUAAUGUUGAUUAUUACUCAGUUGCAAAUGUGGAGCUUGCUUUUUGAUCAGUGUAGUACCCAGGCUCCGAGGUUCUACCCAGGAUAACAAUGCACAUUGCUGUUUAACGUGAUGAACCUCAUCGUUCCCAGCACCUUCCUCAUGAUGAUCGACCUCUUCAGCUCCUUACUGCCAGCACAGAAUGUGGCCAUAGCCUCCUUCAAGAUGACCUUGAUCCUGGGCUACACCGUCUUCCUGCUCAUCAUAAAUGACCUGCUCCCCAGCUCUGCUGAAACGCCGCUCAUCAGUAACUCCUGGCUUGUCUAAGUUAUUAGAUCAGAGCCAUGCAAACUCUCUUGAUCAGAGACGUGAACUGCGUAUGACAGAGUUCAGGAAAACAUUGAAGUUCUUUUUAAGUUCUAGGAUUUGUCUUUGAAGUUGUAUCUAAUGCAUCAGAUAAAAGAUGAUACAAUGUUCAGAAACUAAAUCAAGUAGACAAAUGUUUCAGCUUCUGCCUUUUUCAGUGUACAAACCGAAACAUUUCUCUCCUCUUUGCCUUAGAAUUCUGAUUGAGCGUUUCACGUCUAUGAACAGUGUUGAUAAAAAAGUUUGACUUUUACAAAGUGAUUAAGAGGUUGUUGGAGGUGGGGGGAGGCAAGGUUCCUGUCUCAGAUCACAGUACAGCAUGUGGCUUCCCUCAAGCUCUUCUUAUCUCAAAGACAUUGCUGUUUGAUACCUUUAUAAAUUACAGUUCUUAGAAUAGAGAAAAAUAACUGUUUCUUUAGCCAAGAACUCCCAGGAGCCUUAGGGACUCCCUUUCACUGUGUCCAUUCCCUCCUAAUAAUCAAAUCCUUAUCUCAUCAAUGACUGCAUGUGCGGGAUUCAAAACCAAGCAUUUGUAAAGUUCUUUAUUUGAGCUAAUUAAAAACUGAGAAAAUAUGUCCCUUUAUAUUUAAAUUUUUGUAGAGAGACCACAGAAAUACUAUAGUGACGUGAUGUGCAAUUUAUGGAAUUAUUUAGUUUACUACAAUCACUUUAAAACCAUCAAAUAUUCUCAACCCCAUCCUAUUGCUCUGAUUUGGAUCAUGAUUUAGCUACAAAGCUUGAUAUGGAACAUAUUUCAGGGGCUAUAAUUGGCUUCCUCAGUUAAAUAUGAUAAUUUCUCCUGGGGCAGAAACAAUCCAACACCAAACAAGUUCACUGGGUCAUUAAAGUGUUACAAUGACACACGUUGAUUAAACCCAGCGGAUUCCCAGCCUCUCCUGAAGUUAUCGAUGAACAAACCUCCCCUUUCCUUCUCAGUAUGUGCUCGCUGUUUGGAGCUUUGCCACACUGAUUCGGAGAGCUCUUGGAAGGCUGGAUGAGAUUGUGAGACUUUGGCGUUUGGUGUUUAAACAGACCAGGACAUCCUGUCUCUGAGGAGCAAUAAGUGACCACCAUCCACCAUGGGGGAGUUCAGGGGUCUACUAAUCCCUUCCUUGUGUUUUCUCUUUGGAGCAGCAGCCGUUCUCUCUGAGCUCGCCUGCAAAGACAGUCACAGCGGCCCCACCUAUGAGUCCCUCCAGAGCGUCUUCGAUAAGAAGCCUUUCCGUCCCGCCACCAACCUGAGCAACCCCACCGUCACCAACAUCUCUUUCACACUGUACGCUGUGCUGGGGGUGAACGAGAAAUCUCAGAUUCUGACGACAUUCCUCUGGCUUCGACUGUACUGGCACCAUGAAUUCCUUCAGUGGGACCCAGAGAAGUGUGGAGGGAUCACCAAGAUCUCCCUCCCCGUGGAGGAGCUGUGGAUGCCGGACAUCAUUGUGUAUGAGUUUAUCGAUGAGGACAAGUCCCAGCGCUGCCCGUACAUCUACGUGAACCACACGGGGCAGAUCCGUUAUGACAGGAUGUUACGCGUCCUCAGCUCCUGCAACCUGGAGAUCUUCAACUUCCCCUUCGAUGUGCAGAAAUGCUCCCUCACCUUUGGCUCCUACAUGCACACAAUUCGAGAUGUGCGAGUGAGUCUGGCGCUCCCCAUUGAGCAGAUCUCAGAAAACUCCAAGAAGUACCUGGAGACGAGCGGGGAGUGGGAGCUGGUGAAAAUCCAGGGCGAGACCGACAUCCUGAAGUUUGGGAUUGACGAGUGGGACAUCAUUACCUUCUGGGUGACAAUUAAGCGGCGGUCCGUCCUCUAUGUGGUGAACCUGAUCAUCCCCAGCUCCUUCCUCAUGCUUGUCGACAUCAUGAGCUUCUACCUGCCGCCUCACAGUGUGGACAGAGCCUCCUUCAAGAUGACCCUGAUCCUGGGCUACACCGUCUUCCUGCUCAUCAUGAACGACCUGCUCCCCAGCACUGCCAACGGGACCCCGCUGAUCGGGAUCUACUUCUCGGUGUGCCUGGCCCUGAUGGUUAUCAGCCUGCUGGAGACGGUGAUCAUCACCAACGUGCUUCACCACAACGCCAUGAAGUACCGGCCUGUGCCACGCCUGGUCCGGGUCCUGGUCCUGGGGUACCUUGCCCGCCUCAUCUGCUACACCCGGCCGCCCAGCCAGCCAGAGACCCCCUCAAACAACAUCACCACCGACCCAGAGAAGAUGAAGAACGUGGAGGUGUCAAUGGUGAGCUUGCCCCCGCUGGCCAGCCCGGAGCUGCAGCAGAUCUGUCGGGACCUGGGCAUGGUGCGUGCCCACAUCGACUCCCUGCGCCUCCAGCAGGACCUCGAGGAGGAGUGGAUCCACGUGGGCUACGUCCUGGACUACCUGCUCUUCAGGGUCUACCUGGUCCUCAUCACACUCUACGCCCUCGUCAUCACCUGCAUGUGGUGCAUCUGGUACAACCUCUAGAGCUCCAGAGUGCAGGGGCCGUUACGACCCGUCCCACCCCAUGAGCCAUCAUCCAUCAUUUCAGCAACGCUCAUAGAUUCUAAAACCCGUCCGUGAUAACAGGUAGACAAACGUAUCAGCUAGUGCAGUCACUGUCAUCCUCAGAGUAAUGACCAGAGUCUCAGAACAAAGCGUUUCACAGGCCCUGUCAGGUGCUCACUCGCUGCUACACCAAGGGUCCGAUGACUAGAAUACAUGUUGAAAAAAAGCAAACAUUAAAUUGCAAUGCUAAUUGUAGGUAAAGCUGACGAAAAAGGGUCUUGUUCUCUUUUGGUGUGUGUGUGUGUGUGUUGCGACGUCAUUUGCUUCCUAUCUGAAUGUAACUUGUACGUGGAUGUCUCCACAGCGCUCUUCAUAUUACAGGUCUUGUUUAAAAGAAUAGUAAAUCGACAGUGUAACCUUUGUUGUACAAUCAGUAAAAAAUUUAAAUAUAUACAUACAUAAAUAAAAAAUGCCAUGGUUAAGGGUAUUUUCUUCUAAAUUGCCUGGUCUCGUCACAUACAAACAACACAUCCCUAAACAAAACGACACGCAGGGAAGUGGCGUGGAUUCGUGGAGCGUCAGGCUGGAUCAAUGGACAGGUUAUAUUGGAACAGGCAGGUUUGUCAUAUUGGUUCUGCGUGUUUAUAUAUGAUGACUACAUCUUAAGCAAUCCACUACUAGACUCUGAAACUCCUAACUUGAGGCAGGGGAGGAGGACAGAAAAAUACAAACACAAUACAAAUGUACCAAAUACUGAUUAAAAGAAAUAGGACGGAUUUGUUAGUACUGGUAAUUGUGUUUUUUUUUGUGCAAGGUGUAAUAUGU